CUGCCUUGGCUUGUGGCUCCUCUGGUGCGUUCGUCCUGGGCAGUACCAUGCUGCGGCAGAUCCUGCAUGAUAUGUACGUCGACCCGGGGGUCCUGGCCGAGCUCAGCGAUGUGCAGAAGCACAUCCUGUUCUACAAGAUGCGAGAGGAGCAGCUGCGGCGCUGGAGGGAGCGGGAGGCAUGGGACGCCCUGGCGGAGGCGGACGGCCUCCGGCCCCCCAAGGCCAAGCGCGCGAGCAGCAAGCACAUCCAGUGGCUGCAGGGGGCCGACGGCAAGGUCUGGGUCUGGGUCAUGGGAGAAGGCCCCGGUGACAAGCCCUAUGAAGAGAUCUCCGAGGAGCUGAUUGCAAAGAGAGCACGGCUUCAAGCUCAAAAGGAGGCGGAGGAGCUCUGGAGACAGAAGGAGGCAGAGAUCACCAAGAAGUUCCGGGACGCCCUGGCCAAUGAGAAAGCCCGGAUCCUGGCUGAGAAGUGGAAAGUAGAGAUGGAGGACCGCAGAGCUGCCAAAAUCCUGGAGGAACGCAUUCACGAGGAAUUCAAGAGGAAAGAAGAAGAAGAAAGGAAGCGAGGAGAAGAGCAGAUUCGCCUCCAGGAGGAGCGAAGGGCCGAGGAACUCUACUGGACCCUGAAACAGAGCCAGCUGCACUACCAAGCCAGCGAGAAGGAAGAGCGCGAGUGGGAAGAGCAGUUACGCAGGAUCAAGGCAGCUGAUGAGGAGAGGAGCCGCCGAGCCCGGUGUGCCCGGGAGGAGUCCCGACGCCACUCGCUCCGCGCCAUCCAGAAGGGCACAGUCGCCGGCCUCAGCUCCAUGUUCCAGGAGCUUGGCCAGAACCACGAGCAAGAUGCCAGGUUCUGUCCCCAAGUUCCAGACUCCUGUCCACCAGCCCCAGUAGUACCUGACAGCAGGACGUGGGAGCGUCCGCUGCGUCCCCUCUGCAGAGACGUCAUCGUGCGCUGGUUCAAGGAGGAGCAGCUGCCUCGCCGAGCUGGAUUUGAGAGGAACACCAAGUCCAUCGCCCCCUGGUUCCAUGGGAUUAUUAGCCGAGAAAAUGCAGAAGAUCUCUUGGAGAACAUGACUGAGGGGGCAUUUCUGGUUCGGGUCAGUGAGAAAAUCUGGGGGUACACCCUGUCCUACCGUCUGCAGAAAGGCUUCAAGCACUUCCUGGUGGAUGCUUCUGGGGACUUUUACAGCUUCCUGGGAGUGGACCCCAGCCGCCACGCCACGCUCACGGAUCUCAUUGAUUUCCACAAGGAAGAAAUCAUCACUGUGUCUGGGGGAGAGUUGCUACAGGAACCCUGUGGUCAGAGGGACAGUCCACCAGACUACCACCUGUUGUUUGAAUGA